AUGAAUUCUACUGAUAAUUUCGAACUAAAGGAAGAUAAUUCAAAAUAUCUCGAAACAACGCUGCCUUCACUUUUAACACUUUAUGGGGUAGAGGAUUACCAAAAGUUAAAAUCGAACAAGAAUACUAAAACUGUUGUCAGAGAAAAGUCGACUAAAAAAGCUAGAAGUAAAAAGAAGAGUGCCAGUAGAAACUUUGACUUUGAUCCAGAACCUGAAGAGUUAUGUGAUCACUUAGAAAAAAUGUCGAUCCUGCGGGAUCAUUAUAGAAGAGUUUAUAUGGAAGCAUUAGAGGAAAAAAUCGAUGAACAACGACAAAAUAUAAAGGAGAUGCAAAUGAAAGCUUUAAAAAAGCAGGAGAGACACAAACAGCAUCUUCUGAAAGAUAAAAGGAGAAUUUUAGAAGAUAAUCGUAUGAAGCGAUCAAAACCCGUAAGCGACAGCAGUUUUACUGAUGCGUUACCUAAAACAGCAUAUUACAAGAUUAUAGGAUUAGAGCGUCGAUUUGUUAAGGAGGGUAAAAUAAAAGGCCAUAGCCAAAUAAAUACGUUUUGGAAUGGGAUGUUGAGUCAACCUAAACAACUUCAGAAAGCUCUAGGAGGAGAACUUGCUGAAGAUGAUAUUAAGAAUCUGUUAAUGGACAGAAGAAUUAAAACUACUUCAAAAAUAUUUGAUUAUAUUACCGUUGUAAAUGAGUCGGAUGGAUUGGGUGAUUUACCAACUCAUGAGCAAAUGCUACAAGCACUUCCUGAAUUAACAGGAAUUAGAUCAAGAGAUUCUAAAAGAGCUUCUAGAAGGGCUUCACGAAGAGGAUCAACACAACAAGGAUAUUCGAUAGAGAAAAUGUUCCCUAGGGUCAGUAUGCCAACAAUGGAAUCGCUUCAAAAAAGCUAUGUAAUUAAAGGCCCAUCUCCUGAAGAGAUACAACGUAAAGAAGAAGAGAGACUAAAGCUCAGAAUCAGGCAAAAAGCUAGAAGACGUAUUGGCCGUAUGUAUUUGCAUGCAUUAGCAAAUGAAUCCGCGUCAGCCAGAAAAAUAGAAGAUUCUGUCGAUGCCCUACGUUUGUCCUGUAGAAUUUCAGAUUUUAUAACAGCUACAGAUCAAGUAUCCAACACAGAACAGGAUGAGAGCGAUGAGGAAAGUGUGGCUGAUAAUUCUCAGACGUGUAUUCCAGUAGAAAACAAUUCGAAGGAUAGUGACGCUAAGGAUCGGUUGUCACAAGAUGAAAUUACUAAAGAAGCAUACAGCAAUGAAACUGAAUCUAACGACGAUAAGUUAUUAUUUCAUGAUCCAAUCAAGACUUUAAUAAGAAAAGAGAUUAGCGAGACUAAAAUGGAAAAACGACAAAAUUCUAAUGCAAAUCAAUUGGAACCAUUAAGUAUGAGCCAGCUAAUGCGAGAAUCACAUACAAAAGUAAUUCUAUUAUCACAUUUAAGUUAUCCAAAGUAUGAAAGGCAAGGAAGCGAAGCGACUGAGCUCCUUGUGGAAAAUCGACUUUCUAACUAA